UGUGUAAGGCUCUACCCACACCAGAAACAUUGUUUUGAAACAAAGUUUGUAAACUGUUAGGAAACAGUUUCCAAACAAUUUACGAACUGUGAGCACUGCGAAGGGUGCUGAUUCAGUACCCUCCCGAGGCUUGCAGUGGAAGCACUAUGUGGUCCACAGAAAAAACCCUAGGACUCAUUGAGCUCCUUCACUCAUCCCCAGCACUGUGGGAUGCAUCCUGUAUGGAUUUUAAGAUUAAGGCAAAGAAAACGGACGCCGUGAGAGAGAUUGCUCAUAAACUUUCCGUGGACGAGAGUGAAUUAGAAAAGAAGAUCAAGGCUCUCAAAGUACAAUUCAGAAGGGAACACUUGAAACUUACUUCACUGAAAAGUGGAACUUCCGCGAAGAAGUAUGCAUGGUUUGGUUAUGAGCCGCUCCUGUUUCUGCUGCAGGGACGAGGGGCCAGAGGAAGCCAGCCCGCAGACGCGACGGAGGGAGAGAAGACUGACGCUACAGUGAGGAGUGCUGCCCACCAGGCUGCCGCACCUCAGAGCGCCUCCAAGCCUCGUCCUUCCUCGCCUAACAAAUGGAUUGACGGUAGAGCGGAAGAAACAUUUCAGAUGAUUAAGUCUUUAGCAGAACACACCAUCAAACGGGACGAGUAUCAUGUAUUUGGUGAAAACGUGGCUCAUAAACUGAGGAACUGCGGGAGAAGCAGGCAUGAGGUGUCAUUUGCACAGCACAAGAUCAAUGAGAUAAUCUUCAACUUGGAAAUGGGUUACUUCGGGGAGGACACCAAUCAGUUCCCCGAUGCACAUCUCAUAUUCAGGAAGUCUGGGCGGGAAACGUUGUGUGGUAACACUAUUUCCAAGCAGUUUGCAGACUGUUUGAAAGAAGUUUCUGACAAAAUAUUUGCAAGCACUUUCCAAACAUCCUUUCCAAAGAAUAUCUGGAAACUCCUGGUGUUGACAGGCCUCAAGUCCUCGGCCUAUUUCAAGUUCCGUGAAUCCAAAAGAGACAGGCGAGCGAGAGCCACCACCAAACCACAACUAUCGAAACAAACACUGGCCAGGCAGAUUUAUCACGGCAGCCCAGAGCAGGUGGGCCACGCAGCCAACACAGCGCCGCCCUUUGGUAGUCAGAGUGACCCACACCAAGAGGAACGCCACUCCACGCGUAACAGAUCAGAUGUUACCUCAUGUCACUUUUGUCAGGCAGGACUUCAGCAAUUCACACCAGAACAACUGUGUAUCGACACUAAUAAAUACAUCCAUAAGUAA